GCAAGCAGGCACUUCAGCCACCCCUUCGCUGACUCUUGAUCGGCAGCUAUGGGGGACAUCGUGCUGGGCAGGAGGCGUGGCGUGGUCUGUACCCGGAACUCAGGCUGGGCUUCGGGUGUCGCCCCUGCCGCCCAAGGCCCGCUCCCAGCCUGGCACCGGUUCGUUCAGUAGUAGGAGCCGGUAGAUGGAGACGCAGCCACGCGGGACUCAUUGUUAAGGUCUCAGAGCCACUCUGCCGACUUUCAUGCGCAACCAUAAAGGGGCCAAGCCAACUUGUAAAGGCAAUUCUGAUGAAGCUUCCAGCCACGGGACUCAGGAUGAACCUAAGAAGACGCAAAAACGUCCAAAGAAGUCCAAGAAGCCAGCAAAGAAAAGGAAUGAUCCGAAGACAGUGGCCGGAGCACCUGACAAAGAACAGGCUGGGAGAACGAAGGGCCCCCGGGGAGAAGCAAGCACCUCUGGGAAGAAGCAUACGAAGAUAUCAGGUUUCAGGAAGAGAAAGGUGAGUGUCUGGAGCAAACAGCUGCGUGAAUGGAAGAAUCUCAUGGUGUAUGAAGAGAUCAGCGACCCCGAGGAAGAAGACAACUGAGUCUCCUCAGCGAUGUCUGUGAUGAGAAGAAAACCUGGUGGCCUUUGCAAUCAGCAAUCAUGGACAUGGCUGGUAUUGUAUGAUUUUCUCUAUGCUACCCAUCCCUUGCUACAGAUGUGACUACCGAGGGCAGUUCUAGGUGCUUAAUUCCAGAUUUUUUCUGCAUUUACACAUGCACAUGGGGUACCACUGUGAGCACCUGUCAUCUAUCUGCUUUGCUCACUAAACUAAGGUGAAUGGAGAAGUCCUGGCUUUCAUUUACCUUGUAUCAGUUACUGACAAUAAACA